ACAGACUAAAAGUGAAAUAAACCUGGUAGGGCAGUUCUUUGCAAACCAUUCAGGUUUGGCGUGUAAUAAGGAGCGUGAAAGUACGAGUGCUUAAUAACCUUUUUUUAAAAAAAUGUUCGCACACAGUGCUCCGUUAAUCCUUAGUUUACGCGCCUUAUGCUUGUACACUUAUUUUAUACAGAGUUACUGCGCGGAUUUACCGACAGACUGGCAGAGCAGAAUAGAUCUAUCGGUUAAUGAAUCAACAGAACCGGAAACUGGAGAUGACAUCAUUUGGGACGAUGGGGGGUAUGCCCUGCUUGCAUCCGCAGACGUGGAUGAGACAGACCACCGGGUCUCGUUCAAUUAUUGGCCUGAUAGCGGGAAAGGUGUUCCUUACUUCAUACACCCAGCUUUUGGUGACGCGGAUCGUCGAAAAAUUCUGAAUGCCUUGCGAACCAUAGAGCGCCGAGUAGAUAAUUGUGUACAAUUCAAAGUAUGUGCAAAUGAAGAGGAGCACAUUUCAAUCGUGCCAUAUGGACGAGGUUGCCUGUCUCACGUGGGACGGACUCCUCGCCGCGUUACCGAAGUCCGACUCAGCAGGAACUGCAUGAAAGAAGGCAUUAUUAUACACGAACUCUUACAUGCCCUCGGAUUCUACCACGAGCAAAACCGGCCAGAUCGGGAUGAGUUUGUGCAGGUGUAUCCUGAGAACAUACAACCAGAAAUGUACGACACGAACUACCGCAUCUUGCGUAGUAUGCCCACACAUGGCAUUCCGUACGACUACGAAUCCAUCCUGCACUAUGCAGCCUGGGACUUCGCCAUCAAACGCGAUAAGCCAGCCAUAAUUCCCAAGAUCCGCACCUCAGUGAGAAUGGGUCAGCGCAAAUGGAUGAGUCCGUUGGAUGUCGUGAGACUGCAGAAAGCCUAUGGAUGUCUCGAUGAUAACUUUGAAAAAAUAACGCAAAGCCCUGUGGGUGCGUCCACAACCGUAACCACAGCGCCUUCCGCUCUCAACACGAGCAUAUCGAGUCAGAACCUUGCUGCCUUUUUUGCCGAACAGAGAACAUUGAGGACCAACAUGGCAUGCUCGGACCAUCUGAAAUGCGGCUGUUUUCAUGGCUGGUGCUGGGCGUACGCUUACUGGGAAGCGAUGAAAAUCGGAGACCCUUGGUGCUGGACACAGCCGGUGGGUGUUCCAGGCGGGCUAAAAUCCUUUGCAUCGUGCGGCGCUGAUAACGAUUGCAACAUCACGAUGACGUGCGGCGACAACAUCACAUACACCGGCAGCGGCCCACCAGAAGUCCGCCCAGCUUUCGCAGACGUCACAGCGGGGCCAACGUCACAAUGCAAGACAAAUCUCCAAUACUGCGGGCAGCUUUUACGUUUUUUAGGCUAUAGUGUCGGAGAGGGUGAAUAUUUGUCAAAUAUGCUAUUUAAGUGCAAAGAUGGCCGUAAUGUGGAACCGAUUUCAAACUGUAAAAAAUGCCGCGACGGAGGUGCGGAUAAGAACGACCACUGCGAGCCCUGAGGUAAUGCAGUGGCGCCUAAAUCCGAGCAUUCAAUCUCAAAGCCAAUUGUUUGGGCCGCAACUAGGCUUCCGAAGGUUGCGGACCCGAUUUUUUUUUAGUGUGACGAUGUCGACGAUUUUCCAGUACUGCUGAACGCCGAAUGGUGACCUGUGCCACGAAAUGUGCAAUGUGCGCUACAUAAAUAUUAUUGGCGUUAUUAUGGUUUUCUGUGUUUUAAUGCGCCUUUUAUCAUCUGCACUGCGCUUAUUACAGCAUGUUGAUUACAUGCAUGUUGAUUAUUACAGCAUGUUGAUUGUAUAUCGCAUCGGAAUAAAGUUCAAUAAAUAUAGUUAAAAAAA